CUGGUUAGCGUGGGUCUUGGUACCGCCAAGUGACCAUGGCCGGCCCGGGCGACCUCGUCGCAGCAAUUUGCGCUGGCAUUGAGUUGGCAAGGUGGGAAAGAACUUCACGUGAACGGAAUCUACUCCACAGUCUGUAAAGCCAGGCCUUGUGUGGCGGGCAGUCCCGCAUCAAGACCCACUGCGGCAGUAAAGCCGGUGAAGAAAGCUGUGGUGUAGAGGACGCGGCCAUGGAGGGGAGCCAAAACAUGUUCCAAAUUCGCGCGUGGAAAAGUUGAUGGGCCAGUUCUCCCAGCUGAAAUAUCAGAAGUGGGGAGGAAACUGUUUGAAAGAAAACGCGCGAGGAGGCCAUGCCAGAUGAAUUCAACAAUUACACGAUCGACGACUUCCCAUCUUCCUUUUCGGGACUGGCGUGAUCAUUGCGCUGCAAGGAAAUGCAAGGAAGACGAACGCAUGCGUAGAGUCUAGAGCGCAAGCAGAACAGUCACAGGUUUCUAGAUUGUUUCCUUGGGCGUGUUUUGAAAUCAGAAAGUUCAGAAGCGCAAAACGUGGAAGAGUUGAGAAAGCCAGAAGAUGAGCAAGAGGGCACGUUACCAGUGUUGGUCCUUCAUGAUGAAAAGACUGGUCGCACGUUCUCAAGUGUAGCGGGCAAGAGAGCCAAUGCUCACGCCCUGAACUUGGUCACUGAAGCUUGGCACAAAUUGAAGGCUCUGCGUCGGUUGUGAGGACAACCCUGGUCCUACUGGUGAAUGCUUUGGAGAUGAGGUACCCCAGUAUCAAGAUGAAGGUCGGUAGUUUGAUUGUUCGACAUGCUGGUUGGCUGCUGGCAGCAUAUGAGCGUCUUCACGGGCGAGAGUUCAAAGGACAGGUGGUCGAGCCAUUCGAGGUGGUUCACUACAAGCUGUGGGAGUUUGGAUUUGCAAAUCCUUGAACUUGAACAGUGAUGAACACCAUGUUGGCACAACGCAUAGCAUUCGUCGAUGCAGGAUUACACUUCGCAGGCCAGAGAAGAGGCGUUGGGGUGAAAAGAUCCUGGUGGACAUGAAAGGCGCUCCAUGACAGCCAGGGGGUGUUGGCACAGUGCCUCCUCCUACACCAGCGCUUCCAGAUGCACCUGGUGGGGCGCCAGCCCUGGUCACUCUUGCAAGGCUGAUCAAGCAUGGUCCAACUAGGCUGUCCAAACUGUCAUUGUUCAAAUGACAAGCCAAAAAUACGCGCGCACACCUCGCCAGGCCCGGUUUGCAAGGCUAUGUGAGGAUGAAGAGAAGGUCCAAGGACAAUGAGAAGGCAGAGCCGCAGAGCCAGUCCCAGAUGCCAGGAUGAGCCUCAAACCGGCGGCGGAGAAAUCCGCGCCGAAGUCGAGCCGACCAGCGGGUGGCUCUGCGGUCGAUCGUCAGGCGGGUGGCCCAGGUGACCUGGACGAGAAAGCGAAGAAAAGAGUUUUCAUGAAUCCGAGUCUCGUGGAGCCAAAAGAGCAGCAGAAGAGCCUUUGGCGAGCAUAGAUCCGAAGGCAAGCAAGAACCCAUUGCUGGAUACCUGGCGUGGGGAAACUCCAUGAAGGUGCAGAGGGCUAUGAUGAGCGCGCAGGCGAACUUCUUCCCAAGGAAACACAAAACCAAAAUUUGGCUGCGCAAGCCUCUCCCUGGCCGUUCCUGGGCACGGACAUGCGAAGAUGCCAGCAAGGAUGGUCAGCCAGGACUCUUCAGCCCGCGCUCUAAGUCUCCAAAACGGCAGCAGUGCUGCUGCAAGCAACAGCUCAAGCUCAAUCACUGUGCCAACUUGCCCUUCAUUGAGGGGUACUACAAGAAAGAUUCCACUGAUGGCAAAGAAUACAUAUAUGAAACCGAAAGCGGCGAAGCCUUGGAAUUACCGCCAUACGUUCACAAGACUGAACCAUCAUUUGAGUUGUUCGACGGGAUCUUGGGCGAAAACGGCAUGGUCACCUUCGGCAAGCUUGCAAGCGAACCUACUAUCCUGCUGAAAAACCAGUACCUCACUGAUGGCAAAGUCGGUGAAGUAUUGUUUUAUGCCAAAUUGAGGGUCAGUUUUCAGACAACCAUGCAGUUGCAAGAGUAUCCUUUCGAUGAACAAUACCUCAAGUUCUACAUUAUUUCCAGGGCGCCAAAGCAAUAUGUGACUCUGGUUUUGGAGAAAGAUCAAUAUGGAGUGAUCGAAAGCAAGUGCCGCAAAGGCCUUGACAAGGAUUUGGACCGUUUCUGCAUUACAAAGGGCAAGGAACCUAUGUUUGUCGAGGCUAAAGUCGGAACUGGCAUAAAGGAGUACGCCCAAGUCAAAGGAAAUCUUCCCUUGCGCCAUAAAGCAAAGCAAUGCCUGAUGGAGGUUGUUUUGGUUCGCUUUAUUUUUGUGCUUGCCUGCUUCAGCAUUUUCUUCAUAAAGCUCACGGAUGAAGGAAAAGGCGAGAGGAUUGGUGCCAUCUUGACCACGAUUUUUGCGCUUCAAGGCAUCCAGUACCGUCUUGGAGACAACGAACUGCCUGUUAAGUCGUAUUCCACUUGGUUAGAUAAUUACAUUGCCAUCUCUUACUUCUUCCUUCUGAGCCUUCUGCUAGAGCUGGCCUUGGUCUUGCUUUAUGUCGAUCACUUCAGCAUUCAUCCUGCCGAGAAGGCACCGAGGGCCAACGCUGCAUUCGAAGGCGUUGAGAGAAGGGAAGAGGAUGUCUCAAUCGAUCGAAUAUCCAUCGGGAACAAGAUAGAUGCAGGAUUUGCGUAUGCAUGGCUGCUUGGAUGGAUCUUGUGGCACAUUCACGUCUGGUGCAAAUAUUGCCGGUGGCGACAUCAACCACAUGAACAUGCAGACGAUGAACCUGUUGAGAAAACGGAGAGGCGACGCAAGGCCGACGAUAAAGGAGACUAUGUUGAGCUGUCAUGCUGCGCCGAUGAUGACCGUGAUGGACCGGAACGACACUAAUCAGUUGGGACUGACAUACCUUUAAUCCGUCGUUGCAUCAGGAAAUGCACGGCAUGAGAUUGCAAAGCAAUUUCUUGAAUUAAGACAUGUGCACAGGCCAAAGACAACCUCCCACGCUUUUAACGUGAUUGAACUUUGACCCGUGCCCGUUUCGCCCCAGAGACAAACUCUGUGAGAAGUUGCGCC